AUGGCAUACUUUCUUUUUAGAUUCUAUUGGAUAACACUAUUUUGGAUUAUCUCAACUUUUAAUCAAGUUUCCACUAUCGACGAAGACCCCAAGAAAUGUGUGAAGGAAUGUCAGCUACAAGUUGAAAACGAGGCACAGUCCUACCUCAAUUUUAGUAGAAUUGUCAGAGUUUCAUCAAUCCGUGUGGUUUAUUUCCACCUGCAAAAAGGAAAUAAUAGUCUUUAUAAUUCGGCACAGAAUAUCUUCUAUGCAUGGAUUAGAAAAGAUGUUGGCGAAGCAAUUUUCGCCUUGCCUACGGAUUACAUGAGCACCACUUUGAGUUUAACGUCAAUUUUUACCUCCAAUUUAACCAUCUAUCUCAAAGAAGUUAACCAAAGCUGCUACGAUGCAUCAUCUCUGGAAUGUAAACGGCACAUUAUUUUCUUUACCUUAGCAAAGUUUGUUCGAUUGCUAACGAUGCACAAUUGCACUGCUAAAAAUUGCGGUACUGUGUGUAGGAGGGAUUUUAAUUCGGAAAUCGAUGACAACUCUAGUUCUACCUAUUAUUCCUGUUGUGAUGACGAUACUAUAGAAUUGGAAGUAGAUACUAAGAAAUGCUUAGAGCCUAGAUCAGUCAAACCGUAUGUCAAAGCUAUGAAUAUAAUUACAGCUAUCAUCAGUAUUCCGAUUAGCGGAGCAUUACUGGUUAAGAUUAUCAAUAGAGUCAUGAACGCUUUAGGAAAAACAACUGAAGUUGACGGUCAGAAAAUUCGUAUCCUAACAUCACUAAGAUUUCAUCCUAUUGGGUAUUUUUAUUUACGGAAAUUGGUAAAAAAUAGUCUUUGGGUACAACUUUGGUUUUGCUGUCAGUUCAUUGCUGUAUCAGCAAUUGCAUCCGGUGGAUCUACUUUAUCUAUUCUAGUACAAGCUUAUCCACAUUCUAUUUUAAUUUAUCCUGGCAUUCGCAAUAGGAAGAUACCCGAUCGUGCUUCCUUGGCUAGUUACAUCGCCCUUGGUAUUUAUGCCACUUGUACAUUUUUUGUUCUCUUCCCGCACAUCCAGCAAUUUUUUGGCCAGUAUUAUCCAUAUCUAUCGCAGCAGCAGGAUGAAGUUACAAUUUUAUCGUUCAAGUUCUUUACUGAAAACAGCCAUCGCCAGUUACAUUUUCAAUUUAAAAAUUGCAUCAAAGAUAUAAUACGGUACCGAAAGUUACAUCGUUAUACCGCUAUGAUGCAGGCGAUAUUGUCAUUUCUAAUAAUAUUGCCAUUUGCUAUUAUGGCUAGAAUCGAAAUUAUACGCAUUAUAUUAUUUAUUACAGAUACGUUAACAUUACAUUUAAGAUGUAGCUUUCUGUCAACUGCUUCAAAGACAAUCGGAUAUCGAUUAUUAUCGUCUUUUUUCUUCAUUAUUUCAUUGCUGUAUUCGUCACUGACAAUUUUGGGAAUGUGGUUAUUAACUCAACUCAUUAUUCGCAUUGUUAUUACCGUGGCAGAAUUUGUUAUUGCCCAUUCCAUUUACUUUAGCGUAAUAACAGUUAUUGUCGUUCCUUACUUUCACUACGUUAUUAAGGCUAUGGAGGCGUAUGAUAGCAAAGGUCAUAUGCUACCACAACGAAUUAUCCAAGUACAUGACAGAGUUGAGAAAGAAAUUGACGAGCUACUUGAACAAACCGAAGGCAAAUUAGAAGUCUAUUUUAAAUUGGAUGAUAAUGCUAUCACUGAUAAUGUCAUUAUUGAUGUGCCGGAAAUGUUGAAAGAUGAUUGUAUUCAGAAAAAAAUUCAGGAUACGUUAGAGGAACUAAUAAGAGAUGGCACAAUCGUCUUAGCACACGGAAUAUCUAAAGUUAUAUUUCAGUACGAAAAAACGUCAAGUACGACAAUGCUGAUAACUUUGCCCCAGUGCAAUAAUAAUUAUCUCUCUUGCCAUCGUAAGAGCAACAAAUUACAAAAACUGGCUCAAGACGUCGGUAUUCACUUGAAAGGUUUAACUGAACAAGAAUUUCGUAAUAAUUUAACUAAAAUUUAUUACCAAAUGGAUGAUAUUGAUGAUCUUGUCUGUACCGGAAUCCCGGCAAAAUUGUUCUCUUAUCUGCGGUACUAUGCACCUGAAAUAUCUCUUAGUUUACCUCGAGUAUUUUUCAAUAUUACUAUCACAACUGGUUUAUUUAUCACAUUUAUAUUAACCGUUGUAGUUGAUUCAGAUUCACCAACGGUAUUCUCAAUCAGCUCUGCAGUUGCUAAUGCACCCAUUAUCUAUGUGACAACGACCAUUGCCCGGAAAUAUUUAACUAUAGCUGAAAUCAAGCAAGAAAUGAUUGAUAAAAUCCUAGUGAAUAAUAUCGUUCGAUAUCGUCGAGGUUAUCGAUUUUUUUGUACCCGAGGAAUCGAAUUUCAUCCGUUUUUACAACUAAAGAGUAUGUUUACAACAUAUCCCAGCAGUGCAGGCGUAGAUAUUGAAGCUAAUCAGGCGCAAGCAAAGAUAAAUGUAGCCAAUUUCUAG